GCCGCGCCGGCCGCGAUGUCGUCCCGGCGGGGGCGCGACGACGAGGGGGCCGGAGCCGCGAGGCGGGCGCGGGAACCGGCGGAGCAAGAGCUGCAGCGGCGCCGGGAGCAGAAGCGGCGGCGGCAUGACGCGCAGCAGCUGCAGCAGCUCAAGCACCUGGAGUCCUUUUAUGAAAAACCUCCUCCUGGGCUUAUCAAGGAAGAUGAGACGAAGCCAGAAGACUGUAUACCGGAUGUACCAGGCAAUGAGCAUGCCAGGGAAUUUCUGGCUCACGCGCCAACCAGAGGACUUUGGAUGCCUCUGGGGAAGGAAGUCAAAGUGAUGCAGUGUUGGCGUUGUAAACGAUAUGGUCACCGAACAGGCGACAAAGAAUGUCCUUUUUUUAUCAAAGGCAACCAAAAGUUAGAACAGUUCAGAGUAGCACAUGAAGAUCCCAUGUAUGACAUCAUACGAGAGAAUAAAAGACAUGAAAAGGAUAUAAGGAUACAACAGUUAAAACAACUACUGGAGGAUUCCACCUCAGACGACGAAGAUGGGAGCAGCUCCAGUUCCUCAGACUGUAAGGAGAAACACAAGAAAAGGAAGAAGAAAGAAAAGCAUAAGAAAAGGAAGAAAGAAAAGAAAAAGAAGAAAAAACGAAAGCAUAAGUCCUCCAAGUCAAAUGAAAGUUCAGACUCGGACUGACAGGCUGUUGACCAUGCAGCAUUCUCGUCUCUGAGAUCUAACACUGGCCAAAGCACAGAGGCACGUGGGAUCAGGGAGGACGAGGAGGGAGUGACACCAAGACGGAGGCCAUCUGGUGUCACACAUGUGACUCACCUGCCUUCCAGUGAAGACGUGACCACAGGAGCGGGAGUUAUAUCGUCCCAGGUGCUAACUCGAGAGUGGCUGAUUUCAGGCCGGAAAGCUCUUUCAGCUCCUCCUCCCUGCUGAGCACUGUGGUUUCUGAUUCCUCAGAAGAGUCAGGGCGGCCGGACUAAGGGAGUCUCCGAGGACGCUCCUCCAGGUGCUGUCACCCUCCAGAGCGAGGCUACUUAAUCCCCAGACUUCAGCCUUGACUUUUCUCUGCUGUUGAGGAUAAUAAAAAGUCAUUAUUUAUUU